AUGUACUCCAAAAAAGGCACCCAUUUGUUUUUGCCGUACCGCACUCCACCAUCACAAGCCAACUGGGUCCAUCCAUUUGUAUUGCAGCUGAUGAAUAGCCAUUUCAUUUUGGUGAAAAUCCGUGAAAAUGUAUCCUUUCCUUGGCCAGACGUUGAGCCCUACAGACCUAAAUAUGUCACUCAUGAUAUGCCGCAAGAUUCAUGCGUCACAGAAGAUCCCAUUUCUGUCCCUUCAGAGGAUUCCCAAGAUGAUUCUGACAACUCUGAUACCGAAGAGGUCCUAGAUUUAACCAAUUUUUAG